GCAAUAGUGGACUUGGCAACCCUGCAUGAUAACACUCCAACAAGAAGUGAGAGCUGCAAUUUGUUAACUAAAAACAAACAAAUAUAAAGAAGCGCACUGUUUUGGGCAGAAAUAACGCGCAAAUGCAAGCAAAAUGGGUAAUCAAUUGGUUGGCAUUGCACCAUCGCAGAUCUAUGCAGUGGAACACUACUUUUCUGGACAGUUUGGCAAUGAAAUCAUUUUCGACCUGAAUAUGGGGAGUACGCGUUUCUUUAAAGUGGCGAAAGCUAAAACCGAUGAAGGUUUGAUAGUUGUCAAGGUAUUUGUCAAACAUGAUCCAACUUUGCCUCUGGAGGAUCACAAGGAACGCUUGGAGAGCAUCAAGAAAACCCUAUCGCUUGCAAAUGCUGUUAACUGUUUGCCCUUUCAGCGCGUGGAGCUCAUCGACAAAGCAGCCUACAUAAUGCGAGAGUAUGUCAAGCACAGUCUGUACGAUCGCGUGUCCACUCGACCUUUUCUUACUGUGCUAGAGAAGAAGUGGAUUACCUUUCAGAUUUUGUGCGCUUUAAACCAGUGUCACAAGCAAAAAAUCUGUCAUGGUGAUAUAAAGCUUGAGAACAUUCUGAUCACCUCUUGGAAUUGGAUCCUGUUGUCGGACUUUGCUUCAUUUAAGCCCACAUAUCUACCAGAAGACAAUCCAGCAGAUUAUACCUAUUUCUUUGACACGAGCAGACGUCGCACUUGCUAUAUCGCUCCAGAGCGUUUCGUGAAGACGCUGUCGUCUGAAGAUGAUCCCUAUAAUGCAAAUAUGUCCGUUAUUCACUCGGACUCCAUAAUACGUGUUCCGACUUCAUAUGCUGGCAACACUUUGCAGCCUGCUAUGGAUAUAUUCUCCGCUGGCUGUGCCUUGCUAGAGCUCUGGUCGGAGGGUACUGCUCCAUUUGAGCUCUCCCAACUGCUCGCCUAUCGGCAGGGUGAGCGAGAGCUCGUCGAGAAACAUUUGGCUGGUAUUGAGAACGAACGACUGCGCAACUUACUGGCAUCCAUGAUUGACAUUAAUUCAAUAAAGCGCAAGAGCGCAGAGGAUUAUUUAGAUCAGGAGCGCGGCAAACUAUUUCCAGAAUACUUUUACUCAUUUCUGCAGUCAUAUUUGCAAAUGUUCUCAUCGACACCAAUCAAGUCGCCUGAUGACAAAAUACAAUGUCUGCACAAGGACAUUGGUCACUGCAUUAAGGUGCUGACACAAGCACAGGACGUAACACCCAGUGAAGAAGACGAACAGAUACAAGAGAAAAGGGAUCCUCUUAAGUACGAGCGGCUGCCGCCAGAUCAGGAUGGUCUUAUACUUAUUAUAACAGUAGUCACAUCUUGCAUCAGAGGUCUUAAACAGUCCAACACAAAAAUUGCUGCGUUGCAGCUACUGCAAAAGUUAUCGAAGUAUACCACAUCUGAGACCAUACUGGAUCGUAUAUUACCAUAUAUUCUGAAUUUGGCACAAAAGUCGACAGCCAAGGUACAGGUUCAGGCUAUUGAAACGUUGACCGCCUGCCUGAGCAUGGUCAAGGACAUUCCUCGCAGCGAUGCCAAUGUAUUUCCGGAAUACAUACUGCCCUACAUUACCGACUUGGCCAGCGAAUCGAGUGCUGUUAUUGUGCGCGUGGCCUUUGCUCGCAAUAUUGCAGCGCUUUCCAAGAGUGCUGUUUACUUUCUGGAGGAGACGCAGCGCAAUGCACCAAACGAAAUGCCCACGCCACGUUAUGAGGCAGAGCUUAAUGCUCUGCAUGAUAUUGUGCGUCAGGCGGUGCUCAGUUUGUUGACAGACACGCAGCCCAUUGUCAAACAGACGCUGAUGGAGUCAGGUAUCUGCGAUUUGUGCGCGUUCUUUGGGAAGGAGAAAGCGAACGACGUGAUACUCUCGCACAUAAUGACAUUCCUCAAUGACGAUGAUAAGAAUUUGCGCGGCGCUUUUUAUGACAACAUUGCUGGUGUUGCCGGUUACGUGGGCUGGCAAGCAUCGGAUAUACUGGUUCCCCUUUUGCAGCAAGGCUUCACAGAUCGCGAGGAGUUUGUCAUUGCAAAGGCCAUACGUGCGGUGACAAUUCUGAUCGAGUUGGGACACAUAAGAAAACCCACCGUAACUGAAAUUGUAAAUGAAACCGCCUGCUAUUUGUGUCAUCCAAAUUUGUGGGUGCGUCAUGAAAUUUGCGGCAUGAUUGCCACGACAGCACGCAAUCUGAGUGCUAUCGAUGUGCAGUGUAAGAUUAUGCCGGCCAUUGGAAAAUUCUUGAAGGCGCCGCUAAUACAAGUGGACAAACCGCACAUUCUGCUUGAUUGUCUGCUGCCGCCCAUACCCAGACAGGUCUUUGACAGCGUGCUGCGCUUCCAGGACGUUCAGUGUUUUGUAAGCGCCCUCGAGGACCGUGCGUGCUUACGCAACAACACACGACACUGCGUCCAGCCUCAGUAUGAUGACAUAAGCAGACAGAUUUAUUUCGAGGACAUUAAGUCUUUUGUAGGUAAUCUUGGGGAUCGCGCGCGCUGGAGAAGUGGUACACGGAACAGUGGCCAGCCACAGUCUGAUGACAUAGGUCAGGCGCUGCUCAAUCUCUUUCGACGACUUAUCUCGGAGGGAUUGACGGAGACUAUUGAGAUGCAAUUGUUGGCCAUGAAACCUUUUUUGAUAUCCCUUAAGCACAAGGCGCAACAAGAUCUGGAUGAUGCCAGCUGUGCCAAUGGACGAAUUGUGGUCAGUCGCAAGCAGGUGGGCUGCCAUGAAUAUCCCCUGGCGGAAAAGGCUACUAAAUUGACCCAGGACAAUAAUGCCCAUGCUCCAGCACUAGUUUCACCCGCGUCCGAUGUGGCUGUUACUCCACAUAUAACUGCUGGCCCUUCCGGCAGUCCCGCCUCCGGCGCUAUGUUACUGGGCGUGCCGCACACAACAGUGAGCACUGCCACUUCAUUGGGUGAAUAUACCAUGCCGGAUCGCAACUAUUCGCUGGAUCGCUCUUCGGAGUGUUGCAAGGACUUGGAGUCGCUGACCCUUAAGAUCAAGCGUCGCUAUAAUGUGCUGGCUCUCUCCCAACGCUGCAAUUAUGAUAAGCUGGUCACGCCGUAUCCAUCCAAUUGGCGCCUCAAUGGUACUCUAGUGGCGCAUCUGCAUGAACAUUCCGAGUCGGUAAUUAAGCUAGCGCCUUUGCGUCCCGACGGUUCACUGUUUGCCAGCGGCAGCAUCGAUGGCACAGUUAGAUUGUGGGAUUGCAGCAAGCUAAACGGCAAUCAGGGCAUCAAUAAAUCUCGCCAGGUAUAUUCUGCUCAUACGCCCAUUUAUGCGCUGGCCGCAUGCGAUGCUGGACAGUCACUAGCGGUGGGUGGCAAGGAUGGCAGUCUAUUAAUAAUGCGCAUCGAUCGCAAUUCCACCAAGAUGACCCUACAGCAAGCCUUAGAUCAGAAUGAAUAUAACGAUGGACCUGUUGUGGAUAUGCAUGCGUAUGAUCAGGCGGCUCAGAGUGUUAUUGUCUAUGCAACACUUUAUGGCGGCAUUGUGGCCUGGGAUACGCGCAUGCAGCAUAGCGCCUGGCGUUUGCAGAACGAGUUGCGUCAUGGUGUCAUCACCACCAUUUGUGCGGAUCCAACGGGUUCUUGGCUGGCAACGGGCACCAGCGGUGGCAAGCAUAUCUGCUGGGACUUGCGUUUCCGACUGCCCAUAACCGAGAUAAAGCAUCCGGCGGACUCGUGGAUAAGAAAAGUGGCCUGCCAUCCAACUGAGCCAUCAUAUCUGAUCUCCGCCUCGCAGUCCAAUAAUGAAGUAUCUGUAUGGAACAUUGAGACGGGUCAGCGACAAACUGUGCUUUGGGCCAGCCCAGCGCCCGUUCUGACUAAUACCAGUCUCAAUGAUCCAGCAACAACCUGUGGUAUUUUAAGCGGUGUGGUCGACGGUUCACCAUUCAUUUUGACAGGUAGUUCGGAUCAGCGUAUCAGGUACUGGGACAUAGGAUCGCCAAAGAACUCGGCAUUGAAAGUGCCUGCGGCAAAUGAUAAUUUGGCCAAUGUGUCCUUUAACUAUAGCGCUCGUCUUAUCGACGGCAGCCAAGUUAUUGAAGAACUAAUCAUUCCUAAAAACGGUACAGGCGACUCGCAACAGAUGCGUACUUCAAUUGAGGAAAGUCCCAGAUCGGGACCGGAUAUGCCCAAAGCAAGCCAUCAUGAUGCCAUCACUGACUUGCUCAUGUGCAAAGAUAAGGGACAAAUUUAUAUAGCGUCGGCUUCGCGUGACGGUGUUAUCAAGCUCUGGAAGUAGUAACUUAUUUUAACUCUUUUAUCUGUGAUUAGUCUAAUUAAACUACAAUAUAACUUA